AUGGAAAACUCAAAAUAUGAAGAUCUUUGUAGAUUGUGUGCUACCAAAACUACAAUGGUUUUAGCUAUAAAUAUAUUCGAGCAUGAAGGAACUAUUCGCCAGAUCAGCAAAAAGAUAGAAACUUGUCUUCCUAUAAAUAUAAAUCAAACUGAUGAACUUCCCAAAAUGAUAUGUGAAAAUUGUCUGUACAAACUAGAAUUAUUCUGUGAUUUUCGUGAACGAUCUGUUAGGACUGAAAAGUUGUUACUAGAACUAUACAAAGAGCUAUCUUCUAGUCUACUCAGUGAUACACAGCACACCUGCUUAGUCCCUAUGGAUGGUAAUGGGCUGAUUAUCGUCCCACACCAACUGCUUACAAAUCAUAAUGUUUCUGACUUGGACCUGGGGCCAUUGGAUGGCAGAAUGAUUGUCCAACAAGAAAUAAUACAUUUAAAUUCCCAUUCAUUGGACAUUAUGAAUAGCCAUAGUUUGAGUAGUCAGGACUAUUCCAAUCAAAGUGUGCUUACUCAGGACUCUGCAGUGAUAAAUUCCAGUGGGCAGAGUAUGGAAGACAGUAAGUUUAGUGAUAAUUUAGGGCUCAUACAGCAUCAGCUUCUGAGUGAGCAGUUCAAGCUUCAACAUGAGUAUCAAAUAGGAAUUCAAAAUGCUAAUGAAGUUAGUUUGGCCAAUGGGGUUGAUACUCAAGAUUCUGAUCAAAGCUAUAGUAUUACUAAAAAUUUAGACCAUGAAGGUAUAUGUUCUAUAGAAUAUGAAGAAUCCAAACUUGUUGAUAAUAAUACCAUAGAUGCUUAUAAGCAUGAAGAUAGUAAUAGUGGACAUUCCCUUCAUGUAGAUGACCAUAUUAGCAACAUAAGUCCUCAUGAUUCAGUGGAAGCUGAGAAAAUUUACAGUUUGGAUUCUGAUAGCAGACAAUUCUAUGAUUUGGACAGUAGCAAUAGUGAGUCUCUGUUGAUUUUGAGCAGUAACAAAAAUUGGUUCUAUUGUAACAUGUGUGGGAAGUCCUAUGAAGAUAAAACAAUGUUUGAAGCACAUUAUAAUAUUCACUUUCACAAAUGUAGCUUGUGUUUGGCUGUUUUUACUAGUGAAGAUGUAUUUUUGGAGCAUAGGACUGUUUGUGUAGAGGAUUCUAAGCUUCUCAACACCGAAUUCUCGACAGCAGAAAUGCUCAUACAAAAAAACCCCGACCCGAAACUGUCCAACGACGACAGCGAUUCCGAAGGCGAUCCGAACGCCUCCGAGGCCAACCGAACGCAACGGAAGGCGCCCGAGCCGGUCGACUUCGACGCGAAGGCGCCCGAAUCGUUGGAUUUGGACCCGAGCACUCCCGAGGGGGCCGUAGAACGAGACGAGGACUCCGAAGAUGGCCCUAAACAGCGAAAGUUCUCGCCCAAAGAGUGCAAGGAGUGCGGCAAAACGUACAAGACGAACUACAAGUUGACGGAGCACAUGCGCAAGCAUACGGGAGAGAAGCCCUACAAGUGCAAGUCGUGCGAGAAGGCUUUCAGGUCGAAAAUCGGCUUGGCACAGCACGAGGCCAAACAUACGGGCCAGUACGAGUUCUCGUGCCCCACCUGCGGCAAGGGCUUCCAGUGCAAGAGCUACCUCAUCGGCCACCAGCGCGUCCACUCCAAUCUGAAGCCCUAUCCGUGCACCACGUGCGGCCAGAACUUCAAGACGAAGCAGUCGCUGUUGGACCACACGAACCGCCAUCUCGGCGUGAAGCCGUACAUUUGCGACGUGUGCGGCAGAGGAUUCAUCACGAAAGGGGUGUGUCGUGCCCACAAAAAGACACAUACUGGUUUCGAUAACCGAAAGUACUCGUGCAAGAUAUGCGAGAAAUUGUUCGUCUCUAAGAGCUAUUUGCGCACUCAUCUGCGCAUCCAUACAGGAGAGAAGCCCUACAUGUGCGAAGUGUGCGGCAAAGGCUUCCUCACAGGGGUGGACUUGAAAAUCCACUCUACGAUGCACACCGGCGAAAAGUCUUUCGUGUGCGAAAUGUGCGGCAAAGCGUUCGCCAGACAGGUGGCCUUGAGGUGUCACAGAAGGUCGCAUACAGGAGAAAGACCGUACAGCUGUGAUCUGUGCGGCCAAACCUUUACCCAAUUCACUCCGAUGGCCAUCCACAAGAGAUUGCACACUGGCGAACGACCGUACGCUUGCGAGACGUGCGGCAAAGCGUUCGUGUCGAGAUCGACGAUGAUGUCUCACGCGAAAAAACACCACGUGCGAUGA